AUGGACGAGUUCCAGAAGCUUCACAACGAGAUGAAGGCGUUGAAGAAGACGCGCAAUCAUGCCGAGUUCGCGAAACGCUUCGCCGCCAAGUCCAACACGUUCAUGGGUCCGCUUCAUGAGCCGAUUUCGGCCGACAAGUUUGGCAGUCUCGCCGAAACCGACAAAUUGAAAGCGUUGGCUGAGGCCGACAUCGACGUGAAGCUCGACGAGAUCACCCAGAUCGGCGAUGUCGUCAUCGAUCGCUCGACGGUCAACAUCAAGUGUCCGAGUGGCGGCGAGAAGACCGGAUGGAACCUCACCGUCUGGAUCAAAGAGGACGGACAGUGGAAGAUUCGCAACUCUUGCACCACAUUCAAGAUGCCCGCCAACGCAUAA